AAAGUUUCCAUAGAAAAAUUUCGAAUAAAAGUACAGUAUAUAUGCAUCGUCUUAUUCAGUCAUCUCUCAUAAACCCUAAAAGAAAAAAACAAUGAAGCCAUCGAUUUGCUCUUCCAUAGUUCUUAUUCUCCUCAUCAUCCUACCAACGACGAUUUCUCACGACUACUCCGAUGCUCUCACAAAGUCAAUCCUCUUCUUUGAAGGUCAACGCUCUGGAUAUCUUCCCAGAGAACAGAGGAUGACGUGGCGCCGCAACUCCGCACUCAACGACGGCAAGAACCUCAAUGCCAACCUCGUUGGUGGCUACUACGACGCCGGAGAUAACAUUAAGUUCCAUUUUCCGAUGGCUUUUACGGCUACCAUGCUUGCGUGGAGCGCUAUCGACUUUGGAAGUUACAUGUCUCCGGCUGAUCUCAGGGACAAUCUCGUCGCUCUCCGGUGGGGCACCAAUUAUCUCCUUAAGACCGUUUCGCAACUUCCUAAUCGCAUCUUCGUCCAAGUACGGUGACUAUAUAACCUCUAGUCUUUUAUUUUACAUGAA